UGCUGGAAGGGACCAAGGACUUUAGUCACUGGCAGAUUGUAGUAUUCCAUCCACUAUAGGAUCACUUAUCCUUCCUGGUAUGGCACAGAGCAGUUGGGCCCUUGACAUUCAGGUACUUAAUGACCUCCGACAGCGUUUUCCUGAAAUUCCAGAAACAGUGGUAUCUCAAUGUAUGUUUCAGAACAACAACAACUUUGAGGCCUGUUCCCGAAUUCUUGCACAGGAGAGCUCCAGAUAUUUGUAUGGGGAGUACCACAGCCCAAACGAUGCCAGAGUGAACAGAAACCAUCUACUACAUAUCAGCUUAGGUAUCCAGCCUCACAAUGCCUACCAGGUGGGGGACAUAGGUCAACACAAUGGAGGUCGGACGUUAGUUCACAGCUCAAGUGAUGGUCAUAUUGACCCCCAGCAUGGGAGUAAUAAGCAGCUGUUAUGUAUAGUGCAGGAACCACAUUCUGCUCCAGCAGUGGUGGCAACAUCAACUGGCUAUAAUCCAUUUUUUAUGGGUGACCAGAGCCGGAAUACACCAACCCCUCCUCCAACACCUCCACAACCAACAUCCAUGCAGCCAGGGAUGAACACUUCAGCUAUGCAAGGCCCUUCAACAUAUAUGCAUGUACCUAGAUACAAUACCAGUCCUGUCACUGUUGCUGUAUCUCAGAAUCUCUCUCCUGGUCCAGCUGUACCUAGAGCCUUACAGAUUCUUCCACAGAUUACGAAUAAUCCAUGUGGAACACCUAAUUCUGUUUAUGUUGGCCAGACUUCUCAAAGCCCCUCUGGAAGGCGUACUCCACAGAAUAUUCCAUGGCAUUCUUCAUCACAGGGUUCAGUGUCUCAUUAUAGUCCACAUGGUAUGCAAUUAUAUCAGCAGCAGCAUGGUUUUCAGCAGUCUCAGUAUUCUUCUAAGCAGGUGCAGAUUCACCAGUCAAGCUUCAGGUCACCACCUCCAUCUCAGUGUCCUUCUCCUUUUAGUUCUCCGCAACAUCCAGUGCCACAUAGCCAGCUAAGUCAUCAAACUUCACAAGUAUUUAUGCCGAUAAGUCCUUCAGCUGUUUCACCACAUGCCUAUCCACAGCUUCCUGCUAACUACCAGAAACACAGUGGAGCCUCAGUGUCGUCAUUACUUCAGUAUGGUGGGAUGCCUAAAAAUCAAAUGAACAAAAUAGAAAUUUCUGUGGAGCCACCACAAAGGCCUGGGACUUCUAAUAGAAGCCCUUCUCCCAAAAGUAGCCAGCCUUCACCACAGACACCGCAUCCACUGUAUGUAGCUACUACUCCUGGCUCACCUUCCAGAGGAAUAUCUGGACAGACAAGAAGUCCGUUCAACAUUAGUCAAUGUUAUAUGAAAUACACACAGUCAAGUGGUACUGCGGGUGCUCAGACAGUGACUCCUCGGGUACUGGUGUCGCAGCAGAACCCUAAUCUUUUUAAAAUUCCUGUUGCAAGUACUCCUCCUGAAAGUAUCUUAAAUUUGGUGGACCAAGAGGAGCACUCUGGAGCACCAGAGCCUAUUCAGCCCAUUUCUGCAUUGUCAAGAACUGUUACAGGAAAAGGAAGCCAGCUACAUCAAAAAGUGCCUGGUUCUGGGUCAGAUGAUUAUGCAUAUGUUCAAGCUUUGCUUCUUCAUCAGCGAGCAAGAAUGGAGCGGAUAGCUAAACAGCUAGAGCUAAAGAAGCAUGAAAUGGAGAAGCUAAAGACUGAAGUGAACGAAAUGGAAUAUGAUCUUGUGCAGAGACGACUUAGGAAAGUCACGUGGUGCACAUCAAACCCAACUCCAGAGGAGAUGACUCGACUCCGGGGCUUAAACAGACAGAUCCAGAUCAAUAUCGACUGCACACUGAAAGAAGUUGACCUUCUUUUAAGAGGUAACCAUCUUCCCAAACCCAGGAACUUCUACGAAGAGCUACCAUCUGGUCCUGUGGUGCCACCAAAGUCGAGUAUUAAAAAAGAGCAUCGACAAAGCACCAAACAAGCUCCCGUGUCAAAUGUACAAGACGAAGAGUUUGAAGGAGCACCUUGGAAUUGUGAAAGCUGCACAUUCCUAAAUCACCCAGCACUAAACCGCUGUGAGCAGUGUGAAAUGCCACGUUAUACUUGAAUCAACUCAGAUUGCUGUCAGUCUCACAGGACAGUCCCCAGCUUCUUUCAUGAAAGGAUGACAAUAUGGGACAUUUUGUUCAUCCACUACGCCUUAGUCAGGAAUUUAAAGUUCUCCAUCAUGCAUUCAUCUCUGCCUUGGUAGAAGUGAAAUCAUUUGACCAAUACUCUGAAUUGCUCAGAGCUGCUUUAAAAAAAACUGAAAAAAAGCAAAUUAUUUUAAGACUUCAAGGAGGGCACUGAAAAUGACCUGUGCCACAGACUUUUUAAUAAGCCUCAUAGUAUCUACUGCUGGAUGAUAGGUCUCCGUGGCCUAUGAAUAUUGCUCUACAAAGCCUUUCUUCAGUGUUGAGCAGCCACAGUCUUAAGAUGUGGAUCAGCUGUGAAAAUUUCACAGAACUGCACAUUUUUAAAAUAAAUUGAACGUAUUAAGCUGCAUUAGCAGUUGUACCACUAUCCUUACCACUAAGUGUAGUUUUCCUGAUAAACAGAAACUACAAGUAAGCAAAUGUGAAUUUUUUUUUAUCCAAAAAGAAACUUGAACAUGCAACUGCUGUCUUUUUUUUUCUUCAGGGUAGUAAUAGCCUGCUGAAUUAUGUAUCACCUUUAUGUUGUGAUGAGUAAUGAGAAGGUGAAUAUAUCAUGUUCCUUAGUGUCCAGGCAAGAGACAAUAUGUUACAUAGACCCCAUUUCUGUUUGAAUUUCUCGUGUUUUAUCAUUCAUACUGGUAAUCAGAUCUGAUGCCCAAAGUAGGUUAAAAUAUUACUGCAUGCUUUUAAUGGGGAAUAUGUGUAAGGGCUAUGGGUCCUUUCCUCACAUAAAGCUACAUAGUAUGUUUUUAUAAGUAAGGUUUCUUUUUGACUGUGCGCUGUAACAGUACAGCAGACUCAUGCCAAAUACCAAGUUAAUCCAAAUUACACUAAAGACUUGUGCACAGCCUUGAUUGUGGUGUAUGUUUGAAAACUGUUACUUACGCCUUUGAGCUUCCAUUUUGCGAAGAACCCAUGAUGUUUACAGCACAGAAGGUACUUUGUGCCCCUUCCUUGAUAUAGCUAAAAAUAGUAGUAAUAACUGCUUAAGAGGUUUAUUUGCACAUUGUUGAUAAACCAGCCUGUACAAAGUUGCUAAUGGCACAUUUUGAAAAGUUGCACACUGUAUAAUUUUCUCAGAGAGUUCACAAUGGAAUGAAGAAUAUUUAAGACUUGCAAAAAAGAAAAAAAAGAUUUUAACUUGUACUUUUAUGCAUAUGAUCUACUGUAAUAUUAUUAUUAUUAUAAUGAUGAUGACAAUGAAGGUGAUUGGUGUUAUUUGGAUGCUUCUGGUUGCUAUAAUUAUAAUAAAGCACUCGUGCUCUGUGGAAUCGUGUACCUUUGAGUAUGACAGGUGAAUGAGUAGUUUGUAGAACAUGUGAAUCUCAGAUAGUUGUAUAGAUGCUUAUACUUCUAAUAAUGCACUUGUAAGUGUGUGUGUAAAAUUACACAGCUGUUAAGUUUGGCGGAUGUGUAAAUAUUGUGUGUGUAUGUAUUUCAGUGUUUUAUAUAAAAAUAUGCAUGGGUGCUAUAACAGUUAACAGUACAAAUGUAGUACUUAUGGUUAUGACAGUUAUGUACACUGUGGAUUUGGGGGACUUAUGUAGUCUUAAUGAAUCUGAUUUGACUGAACUGAAAAUUAUUGAUUGCAUAAGACCAAAUAGUGUUUUUGCCAGAUCAAAAAAUGACAAAUUUCGGGUUCCUGAGCAAAUAUCUAUAUUUUAAUAAUAGUAGUAGUAGUGGUAGUAUAAGCUGAUGAGAAACUAAUUUAGCUAGAGAGUAAUCAUUUAUUAAACUACACUUGCAAUCAAUUCAAGUAAAAUGUUUACAUUUAUAAGCUUCAUUUGUACGUUCUAGCAAUGCAGAUUACAAAUGCAAAGAACAUUUCUGCUCAAAUAGCAUAUGUAGUGUUUGGCAUUAAAGAGAGCAUAGUGUUUUGUUUGGAUGCUUAAUAAAUAACAGACAGGAGAUGUGGUCAAACUUC